AUGGCCAUCGCAUAUGAUGUACCACUCAAUGCAGAGGAGCAAGCAUCCAUCAAUGUCGAUGCGCUGGUCAAUGACAGCGAUAAUGAGCCCAUUCGAGCCAUGCCAAUCACUCCACUUAGCAGCCACUUUCUUGAGUAUUCUCGUCGAUCCACUCCUACCAUUCCACCUGGUUUCACAGCCCCAGCUGUUCCAAAAACUGUCAUUGAGGAGUCUCGUGCUCGGCCUGCAUCUCGGCCAAUGUCUAGGACUGCAUCUUCAAGCAUUACACCGGCUGUGCCUGUUGUGCCUGUUACGCCAAUACGAACAUCAACGCCCAGCAAGGCUGGAAAAAGUAGGCAAAAGGGCGAUUCUGCAGAGCCGGCAACACCUACCACAACCCAUGCGGCAACUCCUACAACCAAUACUCAACCCACGACACCCUCCAAGGUUUCGGUACCCAAGGAAACUGUUGUCUUCCCACAAACCCCCAAAGAGCCUACACCGAGAGAAGCCUCUAGGAGAGUCAAGGGCGAAACUGAGACACCCAAGACUGCGUCUGAAACAAGAAAGUCCAUGUCAGAGGCAGCUACAAAGGACGUGCCCAAAGCGAAGGGCACUUCUAAGAAGAACCAAGCUCAAGUACAGACAACUCCCAAGAAAGAGCCGCCAAAAGAGCCCGUACGGACUCCAGUUGCUGCUGCAACCCCCACGUCUUCUACAAAAAGACAGCCUCCAGGCAAGCUCGAUAUCGUAGCGGCGACCAAAUUACCAAAGGACGAGGGAUCUCCAGCUGCAGGACCAGGCAAAGCAGACUCUCAGACGAAGCAUGCUCGUUCGGUAUCAGUUACAGCAGCUGGUUCGGUGCCUCCAAGUCCUGCUGCCUUGGGAACAGGAUCUCCAAUUAAGCGUGCGGGACCGCCAAGGACUCUUCGUGUUGUUGCAACACCAAAGACUGAAGUCCCACCACCCUUGUCUGCGACCACAGCACCGCCUCUCCCGCAUAUUCCGACUGUUGAUAAACUCCGAUCCAGGCAGGCGAGCAUCGCCUCGGUGAACCAGCCAGGAACUCCUGCAAGUGAACUGAUAUCAGACACUGCUUCAAUCACGUCUACGUCUUUCUCUCGGGCUAGUUCACCUCCUCCCGUGGUUGGAAAGGUUGGUACCGCACCUGUGAGGAAGAAGACCAAGUCACAAGCCAAGAAAGAUCGACAAGAACGCAAAAAGCAGAUAGAAGAGGAGCAGCUUGAAGACAACAAGUCGGAUGUUGAGGUUGUGCAAGCUCCUAUUAUUGGUCGUAAGAAGAAAGCAAAGAAACCAUCAACCAACUCAAAACCUGUAGCAUUAGCAGCCAAGAGCCAACCAGCUUCGCCUAAGCCUGCUACGGUUGAGGAUGAGCAUGCUGAAGUGCCAAUAGCCACGGCUCAUAGGGUCCCUUCAGCAAAGGUUUCUGUUGCAGCUACGCCCGAACCAGAGCCGGAACGUGAAGAGUCAAAGGAAAAGCGCGAGCAUACUGCACAGUCCAUCAUGGCCGAUCUGCAACGCACCGGUGAAUUGAUUGCGUCUAAUCUUGAAUUCUUCAAGCCGCUAUCGGCGUCGCUUACCCAUACAACUCGCAACACUCAAAUGGGCGGCGCGGUUGCGCCUCCGGACUUGAAACUACACUUUUCCGAAGCAGACUUGGAAACGUUGGCUAAGAAGAAACCUCUGCGCCUCAACAGUCAAGAUGGAAAGUCUGAAUCAAGGACUCUGAUCACGCCAGGCGGAAAGUUUUUCUGGGGACUCAGUGAAGAGCUGGAGGCAAAGGCACUUGAGCUUGAAAAGCGGAUUGACGAGCUCAAGGGCCCUGGCCGUUUCCAUGCUCGGAAACAAACAGCACACAGUCACGGCCUGGCCACGCAGACGAACGAUGUCCUACCGGCCAUUGCGACGGCACUCAAGGAAGCAGGCAAGAAGCUAAACACCAAUGGCGGACAGCAAAUGCCGAGGCUUGAUGUUCCAUCUGGACUGUUGGGCUCAACAAACCUUCCUUUACCCCCAGUACAGGGACAGGAUGCAUCAGUUGCACAGGCUCCAGUGUCACAGCAACAACAAACACCAGCAGAUGCCGGCGGUUAUUUGAACCAAUACGUGCUUCCCCGCACCGACAACCCGCCACCGAACCAGCCACGUCCUGAAAUGGCGGCAGUAGGUGGACCACCUGGUGCAGGAACGGCAAACAUGUCCGUCAAUGCAAACAGGUUUGCCAAGGCAGCAAAGGCGGUCGUUGAAGGUGGUGCAGUGGGAAGCACCGAGAUUGAUGGCAUGGGAUUCAUGGCUGCUGACAAGCUGGGAGGCGUCUUUGUACAGGGUCUUGAAGCACUUGUAGGAGCCGGUCUGGGCUACCAGUCGACGCAAGAAGUGGGUCUUGACAGCAAUGGUAACAUCAUGCUUGGGCAAGGCGCGGGUGGGCUGGAUAUGCAGGGGCUGAUGAAUGCUAUUGAGACCACAGCGGGUAUGGGUGGAUACAGCGGUAACGCAAGAAGAGGAAGAGGCAGCGUGUUGACCAUGGAAGAGGCGGAACAGGCAAUGCAGGCAGCGAGAAAGGAGCACGAUGUUCUGGAGAAGAAGCUGUCGGCACUGAUCAAGAAGAACAGGAAGCUGGCAUUGGGAGCAGCAAAAUAA